AUGGGUAUAACGUCGAGCACAGCGACCAAACCAUCUAAUGACCACUCGGUGACCGACGACCGGCCACAAGCACUGCCGUCGGUCACCACAAAUGACACGCCAAACGACAACAGCCACGAGUUGGCGGUCGUCACACAAAGCGAGGGAAAAACAACUGAAACCAUUGAUGAAGAUAUUGAGCGCCAAAACGGAGACUCAUUUGUUGACAAAGUAAUUGUAGAAAAUAUGGAUCUCAAGAGUGAUAGUGACCAACAAUCGAUGAUCACCGACGAUGACACAGAUGUCAAUGGUAGUGAACAACUAAAGGAUUUAACUAAAAUUAAGACCAAAGUUAAAAAAUCAUCGCCGACUUCACUGAAGACUAAAAAAUCGCCGAAAGGCUCGAAAAAGUCGAAGUUAUCGCCGAAGACAGAGUAUUCGCCUAAAGUAUUAAAGACACCAAAGAGUGUUAAAUCAGUGAAGGAGUUGAAAAAGACUCCGAAAACUCCAAAAUCGCCGAAAAUUAAAAAAUCACCGAAAACUCAGAAAACACCGAAUACUUCAAAAACGCCGAAAAUUCAAAAAUCGCCAAAAAUUCAAAAAUCGCCGAAAACACUGAAAACUUCAAAAUCAUUGAAAAAUUUAAAAAUUCCGAAAACAAGUGAAUCGCCAAAAAUUUCGAAGAAGACAUCAAAGUCAGCUAAUUCUUUAAAGUCACAGAAAAGAGCAAAAUCUCCGAAAACACCGAAGAUUUCAAAGGAUGUCGACGACAAUACUCUUGAAAAUUURCCGAAAGCUGACAUCAAAAGUCCCGAUCGUUUCAAAUGUAGUGAAUGUGACCGCUAUUUGUCAUCGGAGACUGCGCUCGAGACACACGUAAAUAGAGAUCACAGAAACUGCAAACCAUUCACUUGUAAUGAGUGCAGUGAAGAGUUUUUUGCCAACUUAUCAUUACUCAAUCAUUUGUCACAAAAACAUAAGAUCCCAUCGUUUGCUUGCGAAGAGUGCGACUACAAAGGUUGGACUAAACAGCAUCUCAUCCAACAUAAAGUCAAACACUCUACCGAUCGGCCAUUUGUUUGCAAUUACGAUGACUGCGAUCAAUCAUUCAAACGCAAAGACCUACUGCUCCGACACCAGACACAGAUUCAUGAGAAUCGCCGAAAGUCCACCUCAUGA